AUGGGUCGCUGCAGGCGCGUCGUGAUACUCAUUGCUGUUAGUUCCGUUCAAAGUGGAGGCCAAACGCGUAGCCUCAGCUGUAGUGUCUCCGUCAAUGUAAUCGCAACUGGAGGUUGUAGACGGUGUGCUGGUAUAGUUUCGCUUCGUUCGAGCACCCUCCUGAGCUGCUUGUUUCCUGCUACAAGUGCGUUUCCUUCCAGAAGGUCGUGCACGCGAUGUCCCACUUAUCUGUGUGCUGGGUCUUCAACACGUCGAAAGCACGCGAAAAAAAUGACUUGCUACUGCAAGACUAAAUGCACAAGUUUUGGUGCAGAUUGUCCAAAACAAUAUUGGCCCAUCAGUGGUCUCGAAAAAAAAAAUCUGACUUGCUGCAAGAAAAAAAACUUCUUGCAAUCGACAACCACUAUUAGUGAUAAAAAGAUUUUUUGUAACUCAGUGAGAUUUUGGUCCUGA